AUGGACCCUAUCUCGUUGGCAGUCGGCAUUGUUCCGUUAUCCGACCAGCUGAUCAAGACAAUAAAGACCAUCAAAAAACUGAUUGCGACUUACAAGAGUGCUACAAAGGAACUCGAAACUUUGGUUAGCAAGCUCAACCAUGUCGAAAUUAUCUGUGAGUCAAUUGGGGCGGUGUUGUCAGCGGCAUGUCUAUCAGACAAUCACCCGAGUUCAGCGCGUCUCCCUUCUUCUUUGUAUGAAAUGAUUCACGAGUGCUACGAGAAAGUGACGGAUAUUCACCGCAUUAUCCAAAGUGUCACUGAAAAGCGCGACAGAGGUGGUGGCCUAUUCAGAAACGAAGGCUUGUUGUUCUUGCAGAAUAAAGACAAGAUCACGGCCGGCGUAAAGAACUUGGAUAAGUCCCUUGAUGUCCUCCAACUUCUCUUGACAACAAUCAUUUUCAGUAUGAGGACACCUUACCCGCCAAUGACGAGGGUCAACAUGCCUAGUGGGAUAAAUCCACCGCAACAGACAUGUGCAGUCAUGGCGCCUAUUCCAACGGUAGACUCUAUCGACACAAGCCCCAUUUCUACUGAUGCGCCCACGCAACCAAAGCACGUCGAACCCGUUACGAAGAUGUGGCGAAGAUCUUUCUUACAGUUGGCAUUCCUACAAAAGAGUCACAAGAGAAACAUAACAGCUGGUACUAGCGGUUCAGACUCACUGUUAAUUGAGGAUAGUUCAAUUCUAACAGCAGGAUCAACAUGGUUCAAUUGUUAUAUCAAACUAUCACUUAAAAAGGACCACCUUACUCCUUUAUCAGAUAGUCUUGGUACCAGAAUUCGCGAGGCUUUCAAAGAGGACAAUGUCGACGUGGUCCAACAACUAUUCAACGAACGCACUAUUACCCCGGCAACCCAGAUAACCUGGAAUGAAUAUGAUCCAGAUCGCGAGUGCAAUUUACUAGGUCUGGCAGCCAUCGCAAGAGCUCCACGAAUCCUAGAGUUCAUCAGACACCAGAUGAGAAGGGUAGAAGAGACAGCGCACUUUGGUGGUUGCAUGUGGAGAUGUUACAGGAUUCGGACUCAGAGCCAGCUUCAGAGCGCCAUCACUUACAUCAAUAUCCGUAAGAAUGCUCUAAAUAUUGAAGAACUGCACAUGCUGCUGGCGGGAACACAAGGUUUUCGUCAACUCAAAGCCUGCAUGGAUGCGUAUCUAAGUUGGCGGCCAGUCCGUUCACCGGAGUCCAAUCAGAUCAUACAAAACCAGUUGAUCGACAUUUUCAGGAAGGAGAACCUUGACGUUGAUCUCAAUAUGGAUGAUUGCGUAGCAGUGGUCUCUGGUCUCAUUGACGGUGGACUAGACCUGUCUAAGGGCUAUAACUUUGAUCCGAGUUCUUUAACACAAAUUCUACGCUGCAGGCGCACCUCGGAUGAAGCUGUGGAGAGCCUACAUCGCUGGCUCGACAUGCUAGAGCUCGCUGGCGUUGAUAUAGAAGCCUAUCUCCAGUUUGAACGGCCACGAUGUCUUGUUACAUGGAAUGAAUCAUCAGCCAAUUGGCAUAUGCCACUCCGUGGCAAGGAUUCAUAUAUCAAGAGGACUCUGCAAGUGGGAUACUCCAGGGGCAGGUUGAUCCCAUAUUGGAGAGAAAACAUAGACAAAUCAUGCCUUGUGCAUGAACUCUUGAUGGAGUUCCCACAUUUCCUUCAUAGCGAAACCAUUGAUAUAUGGACAAAUGCAGAACAGACCAUGCGGUAUCACCGAGCUUGGAAAUCUGGGAAGGAUCUAGAGCUUCUCGGUCCGGAAAAGCGUUCUUGGCCAGUUGCGCCAUUAUUAGUUGCUGAGCAAUCGCCAGAUGACCCUGUACUGGCAGCCGAUAUCAAUGAGGAGUACAAGAUUGCACUCGAAUGGACGGAGCGUGCAUAUCACCUUAUGGAAAGCCGUUUUGAGCGGAAGCAGAAUCUGAAGAUGCAAAAGCGAGCAGGAAAGGGGAAAUCAUGUUGUCAACUCACAUUGCCAGGGUCCUGGGUUGACUGA